GUUACCACUUGUCGUGCCACGGUUUACUUCCCCGUCGUCAUGGCGGUAAUUUUCCUCAUUACGUAGCCAAGCAAGCGAGAGUCAGCUACCACAAAGGGUUUUGUCCGUUCUCCACCGUCCGUACAUACAUGGUGGUGACAAGAACAGAAGGGGAAUCGAACAACUGGAACUGACACUAAAAGGAUCUGUAGAGCGUGGAGGUUAACCUCCUUGUGUAGAGCAACUGUCAAUACGAGAAUCCGUAAAUUUGUCGGAAAGUCAAGACCGUACCCUGAGGGACGGACGGAAAAUUUGCAGCAAACAUCAAGCAGCACCGGUGCGUACGUCAUCAGUGACUGAACUCCCUAUGGGGAUACGUUCCAUCUCAAUAGGUGUCAUUCGUGACGUAGGAGCAGGUAUAAAGCAAUGUAGAGUCAGAGUAAGGCGGCUAUAGGUCCGCGGUUUCGCGCCACAUCCCAGCUGUACGUCGUACAACGUUCAAGGCUACCUGGUGAAGGCUCGGCAUGGGCUGCGCGGUCUCCUGCAAUUCUUCCUCCCCUCCCGACAGUCCCCUUCGGUUCUUCGUGACGCCCAGGCUGGUGACCCAGCUAGUGGACCUGGGCACAGCAGGGGAAGACUUGCAGCCAUCGGUGACGGAGGGAGAAGAGAAGGAAGAAGAGGAGGCUGACAGGGGUGUGCCGGACGGGAGGGACGGGAACGCCAGCGCGUGCUCAGUGCGCACCUUCCAGUCGCUAACGGAGAGGAGACAGAAAUCCACAUCAGGAGCUCGCUGCACCUUACAUGUGCCUCACCAGACAUCGACAGACUCGGACGUGACCGUGUAUUCGGAAUGGAGCUUGUGCACCAUGGCCGGAAAUGAAUGGAACACCGAAGACAGCGACACAAGAACAAAAGAGGACAAUAACGACGACGAACUGCGGGCAAGUAGCCUAACAAGGCAGGAGAUGGCAGGCAAAGUCCUUCUCUAUUGAGUGGGACAUCCUUGGCGUUUUCUUAGGUCGCUUCUAAAAAUUCUGCUGCAAAUUCAUUGCCGUCAUUCUCCUACGCAGAGACAUCCAACGGCGCCAGCAAACCGCCUCUUGUCUGUACUCUGCUAUCUCAACCGUCACCAUCAGUUCUUGACCGCCCUGCUCAUAUAUAUCAACGAGCUUACCCUUAUAUAUGCGAGAUCCCUUUUGAAAAUUGAAAGGCCUAUUCUCUGAUUGGCUGA